AUGGCGUCCAAUUGCCACGGCUUCAAAGUCGUUGCUAGCCCAGACUGCGAUAGCAGAAGCCUCGACUUUACGCUUGCUGCUGAACAGGCAAUCUUUGGCUUGAUUCCUGCGGGCCUGUUUUUGGUAGCAGGUAUUCCACGAGUCGUCUAUCUGUCCAAGCAAUCCGUAAAGACAGUGCCCAAUCUGUCACGGAACUUGAAGCUUGUUGCCGCCUUUGUUUACGCCGCCAUACAGAUAUCACUAUUAGCACUAUGGAGCCGCCUGCAGUCGCAUUCGUCAGAAUUCGCCGUCCCAGCAGCAGCUGUAGACCUUGCUGUGGCAGUCUUGCUUCCAAUAUUGGCCUCCCUCGAAGAUGCGAGAUCACUUAGGCCAUCGACAGUGCUGAGUACAUACCUUGCUCUUUCCACAUUGCUCGAUCUUGCUCAAGCUCGAACACUAUGGAUCAUUGGCUCCAGCGUGCCAAUUGCUACUCUUUUUGUCACAAGACUCGCGAGCAAAGCGGUUUUGUUGCUUUUAGAGGCAAGGUCGAAGCAGAGUAUCUUACAACAACAGUAUCAGCAGUUGCCACCAGAAGCUAUAGCUGGAAUUGUCAACCGAAGUUUCCAGUUCUGGCUCAAUACGCUAUUUAUUAAAGGGUUCAGAUCCAGGCUGACUCUCGGCGACCUCUUCAACUUGGACGGCGCACUGUCGGGAGUCCACGUUAGCCGCAAAAUGCACGACGCAUGGCUAGCGCGACGACGUCCAGAACGUCGAUUCGAGUUUGCAUACACCGUUCUAAGAACCUUUUGGCGGCCUCUGGCUCUGGCUGCCGUACCACGAAUCCUGGUUAUCGCUCUGACAUUUGCCCAAGUAUUUCUGAUAUCCAGAACCCUGACGUUAUUGGACGAGCCUGUCACGGAUGAAACGAAGUCUAUCGGCUACACGUUGAUAGGAGCCACCGCCCUCAUCUAUCUUGGUCUUGCCGUUUGCAAGCUCCACUACCACCAGAUCAUGUAUCGCUUCAUCACCAUGUUCCGUGGCGCCACCGAGUCUUGCAUCUAUGACCACCUUCUUCUACUUGGUGAUGGUGAUGGAAACAACUCAGCCACCUUGACCCUCAUGAGUGCAGAUAUAGAUCGUAUUGCAGGUUCUCUACCCGAGCUGAAUGAGAUCUGGUCCCAGACAAUCGAAGUCAUCAUUGGCAUCAUCCUCCUAUCGAUUCAACUAAGCUGGGUUUCCGUUGUCCCAAUUAUACUUGUCAUUGUCGCUUUUCUCGGAGGCGCACAGGUCAGCAAGACCAUCGGUAAUAAACAAAAGGUCUGGGUAAACGCCGUUCAGGCCCGUGUUUCAUUCACCUCGGCAGUCCUAGCCGGUAUGAAAGGUGUGAAGAUGCUCGGCUUGCAGAGCACUAUUGAAACCAUGUUGCAGCAGUAUCGCAUUGAGGAGACAGUACGAAUGGCUGCAUUUCGAUGGAGCAUUUUGUGGCAAAACGUAGUCCAAAAUCUUCCCUGGGCCCUUACCCCAGCCCUGACAUUUGCCAUCUAUGCCGGCCAAGCUCUUGCCCGUGGCCAAGCAUCGCUUGAUACAGUUCAAGCAUUCUCCAGCUUGGCUGUUAUCCAUCUCUUGACAGAUCCUACAGCCAAGCUUGUCAGCGCCAUUCCCUCAACAGCAUCAACUUUUGGAUGCUUUGAUCGCAUCCAAGCCUUUUUGCUUCUCAAGCCAAAGAUUGACCAACGCAACCUCCAAGGAUUACAUUCUUCAACAUCAGAUUCUUCUGCUGAUGGUGGGAUCGAACUAAAGGAGCUUGCCCCUGCAAACAAAGAGCCCUCUCGAGCCUUUGUUCAAGCAGAAAAUGUUUCUAUUCGGCCGGGACCAGACACAGCGCCAAUUCUUACAAAUGUCAAUUUCUCAGUUGCUCCAGGGUCAUUGACCAUUCUAGCAGGCCCAGUUGCUACUGGUAAAACAACGUUGCUAAAGGCCCUUCUUGGUGAAUUGCCUAUUGAGCAGGGCGGUACCUUGACCAUAUCAGACUGUCGCACUGCGUAUUGCUCACAAUCGCCGUGGUUGCCAAACCUUACCCUUCGAGCGGCAAUCAUCGGCCCUGUCACAAAUGCCUGUCCCUUUGACGAGGCAAGGUACCAGAAAUGCCUGGAAGUAUGUGAUCUUAACCACGAUAUUGGCCUAUUUGAGGACAGAGACUUGACUGAGCUUGGCUCCAACGGCUCUUCUCUAAGCGGCGGACAGCAGCACCGCAUUGCUCUAGCGCGUGCUCUGUACUCACGACCACAACUGUUGGUUCUGGAUGAUGUCUUUGCUGCUUUGGACUGGACAACACAGCGAAAAGUCUUCUUGGCUCUCUUUGGACAAGGCGGCUUUCUGAAGGCAAGUAGAACAACUACGAUCUUGACAACAGCAACAGCCGACUUUCUAAAGUAUGCCGACCAAGUCCUCCUACUUAACAACGGAACCAUUGGCAAGUCAUCUACCAAAGACGCCAAAGCACUGGACCUGGCAAAUGCGAGCGACAACGCCACUCCUUCGCAUGCUGUAGGAACUCAUGAGAUUUCGCCUAAGCCAGACGACGCAAAAUUGAAACGUGCGCAGCAAAUCAACGACCUGAGUCGAUCCACUGGAGACUUGACCGUCUACAAAUACUACUCUCGCCACGUUCACUGGUUUCCGGGCCUAUUUUUCCUUGCUUCUGCCGCCAUUAACGUGUUUAGCUAUAGCUUCGCGCAAAUCUGGCUCAAGUGGUGGACCGAUGCUGGUGGUACCCAGAUUGGGCUUUAUAUCGGCGUCUUCAUUGCUCUUGCUUUCUUAAACUCCUUCUCCACAGGCGCAUAUGUCUGGGCAAUAAUUAUCCGGAUCUCACCGUCAACAGCUCGAAAGUUUCACGCCAUUUUGCUACGAACCGUCAUGAACGCACCACUAGCGCUCUUCACCAACACUGACAGUGGUGUACUUUUGAACAGAUUCACACAAGACAUGACCAUUAUUGAAGGUCAACUGGCCACUGGUGUUCUUGUGAGCAUAACGAAUCUGUUUUCGGCGCUGGCUGCUGCCGCUCUAGUCGCGACUGGCUCUUCCUACAUGGCAGCAACAAUUCCGUUGUUGAUCCUCGCCAUCUGGGCGCUGCAAAAUGUCUAUAUUCGCACCUCUCGCCAGCUACGUAUCCUCGAUAUUGAGGCAAGAAGUCCUCUAUAUACACACUUUGCUGAAACAGUGGCUGGGCUGAUGACAAUCCGCACAUUUGGCUGGACUGAGUGGUUCAAGGCAACCAACAUUACACUUCUAGACGAGUCUCAACGGCCAUACUAUUCAUUAUAUUGCAUGCAGCGCUGGCUCAGUCUAGUUCUUGACCUCAUAGUUGCAGCUGAGGCAGUUCUCGUUGUUGGAUUGGCAGUUGGCAUUCGUGGCUCGACUAGUGCAGGCUUACUGGGUGUUUCACUAAACAAUGUGUUGUCCUUUAGUGCAGCAUUGUCCAAUUUCCUUGGAGGCUGGACAAUGCUGGAAACGUCUUUAGGAUCUAUUGCGCGCUUAAAGAGCUUUGAAGAGGCUGUAGAGCCGGAGGACAAGCCUGAGGAGUGUGCCGUGCCUGAUACUAACUGGCCGGCACAAGGGCAGAUCCAGUUCCGCAACGUGAGCGCCUUCUACGAGAAUACUACGUCUGGGGUACACGAAUUCAAUUUGUAUGUUGAGCCAGGUCAGACAAUUGGCAUCUGUGGACGCACAGGGAGCGGCAAGAGUUCCAUCAUUGCAACACUCUUGCGGCUGGUUGAGAUAAACUCGGGCAGCAUCUCCAUCGAUGGGGUCGACAUUGCCACUCUACCUCGCCAAACCAUUCGAGAGCGUUUGCUUGUAGCAACACAGAACCCGCUGAUUGUUCCAGCAAGCUUACGUGUCAACGUGGACCCUGAAGACAACUCCACUGACGACCAAAUCUGUUCAACGUUGGCACGGGUCGGACUAGGCGCCCUGGUCGAGCGCCUGGGUGGGCUUGACAAAGCCGUCAAUGCAGAUGACCUGUCUCGUGGCGAGCAGCUGCUGUUGAGUUUGGCCCGUUUGGUUCUGUCAAAGAAGCGUAAUGAGGGUAUCCUUCUCCUUGACGAGGCCACGAGUAAUCUCGACUCCGCUGCAGAAGGUGUUGUCCAAGCAGUGUUAAAGGAGGACUUUAAGGAUUAUACGAAGAUCAUUGUUACACAUCACCUGCACACUAUUUUAGAUGCCGAUAUUAUGGUGGUCAUGGAGCAGGGGAGAUUGGUCGAAGCCGGUCGGCCUGAAACGCUGCUGAAAAACGUCCGCGGGAAGUUAUCUCAGCUGAUGGAGUCGCAGCUAUAGAACACCAACAAUAUCGUAUACCACGUUUUGGACAUUUGCAGCAACUAGAGCAACUAGAGUGUAUAUUGAAUUCAUACUCAACCGUCUGACAGCCACAUUUCUUACUAGCUAUGCCCUAACCGUCUCACCUCAGCUCAAUGUUCAACGCAAGGUACUACACCACCGAAGAUAUCACAACCGUUCGUGAGCGGCAAGCUUGUCAAAUACAGGGUACCAAAUAAAAGCAAAAGCAGCCCCUGGCCAUUGUACGCUAACUCACACGCAGCUUGCCUGCCGUUAACGAUUGGCCAUGCGAUGUCCGUGAUGCUCAUCCCCUGUUGCGAACUGCAGGCACGGCUGAAGAUCACCAUGAUCCGCGAACUGCAAUUCUUCAAAAGGACCCUUACUUCAUUCAGCGGCAUGAACCCCCCGUUCAGCUCAGCCAGUAGCAAUCCGUCAGCAACGAUUGGCUGACUCCACUGCUCAGCGCACAGGACAGGCGUCGCAAGGGUUCUCAGAAAUGAGCCCAGUGGGUAUCUUUCACGGGUCAAGGGGGACGGACCGCCGACCGUUUUGGUCGCCGCGCGUUAAAAUUGGCUCUCGUGCAAUCGUACGGUUUCUGGUGAGCGAAGCCCUGGUCUAUCUCUAUGU